AUGUCGCUGGGGGAUGAAGUGUUGGAGGGUAUAACAAACCCACACGAUUCCAUUCUCCCUACCGAGGGGCUGGGGUGUGCCUCAGAGGGAGUGCAAGAUACUGAGGUAGUGGCUCCCUCUUCUGCUGCUGGGACAGGUACGUCAAAGAUGCGUAGCCUUGCUGCUGGACAGGUGGACCGCGCAGUGGCUGCUGCGCUGCCAAACGGCAUGCACGUUUCCAAAGACGCUCGGAUCGCGUUUCAGAAAGCAGCCACUGUGUUCCUAAUGUAUCUCUCAUGUCUUGCGGACGAUGAGCGAUCCGGGGAGUCGAAGAAACGCGUGACACUUUGUGCACAAGAUAUAAAAGGAGCUUUGAAGGCUGCUGGCAUGGGGCAUUUGGUGCCGUUGCUAAGCAUCGGACACAUGAAGAGAGGACGCUCUGAUGAUCAUUCAUUGCUCUAG